AUGGAUCACAGAGGUCUUUACUGUCCAGGCGAGUUGGACGUGUUGCAUCAAGACAGGAACAGAUCAGAGACAACCAUUUGUCUCCCGUCGCCCUCACCUGCAAAGCGAACUUCAUCUUACUAUCCCCUCACCGGGCCAAAGGUUCUCGAGGAUUCUAACCUCGAUCCAUUCUACCUCGAAGAGUCAUUGGCCGCUACGCCUACUUGGAAUCCUUACACCUCGGACAUGCGCAAUGAUAAUUUUGAGGACGAUAAUCAAUACUAUACCUUGUCCUUGACCAACGACAAGGACUACCAACAAUACCCCGGGCCAGAUCGCUCCACACUUGCGCAGGUCGAGUUAGAAAACAGCUUGAGAUUCCACAGAUACACCCCCUCAACGGACGAACAUAGUCCUCUGCACAGCAGCCAGGUCUCGUUCAGCUCCGUACACACAGACAGCACCACCCCAGACUUGACACCCAGCACAUCCUUCUCUUCAUACGAUUCUCACGGCUGUCCCGACGUUGUCCUUGAGGCAACUCAGCAGCUCUACAAGCACGCGCAGAAGGUUCAAAUUGAGCCCCGCCGCCGAUUCUAUCUCCCUGCUUCCACACCUCCCACUUACUCUCUUCCUCCCCCUCCUCCGCCGGUGGCUCCCUUGACCCCGGCGGAUACACGUCCAACCACACCCUGCUUUGAACACUCCAACGAGUCCACCGCUACUAUCACAAUGGGCUACGAGGACGUGACUGGCUCCUGCUCCUCGCGGUCACAACGCAGGAAGCAGCCUCCUGCUAUGCUCAACCUGUCGCGCGCUGCCAGCGCGCACAGCUCCUCCCGGCGCAAGCAAUCCAGCCCCGGGACCCGCCCACCUUUGGACCCUUCCAUGAUCUCUCCUCCAUCCUUGAUCAAUCCAGUUACCAUGGAACCUCACAUGACCCACUUCGACCACCCUCUCUUCAUCCCUGCCAACGACUGUCCUAGCCCUGUUCCUAGCCCUGUGGCUAGCUCUCCACCUAUCUCUCGCCAAUGGACGGCAACCUCCAUGGAGCGCCCCUCAAUCUCUACAAUGGAUGGCUUCUGUGAGCAGUCCGUGUGGGAGUCAGACUCCGACUCAGAGUCCGUCGGCCGGAAGUCCAUGUCCCGUCGACCCAUUGACACACUACGCAAGGUUCGCAGCCGUGCUAAGCUCCGCGGCGCCAAGUCACAGCCGCGACUGCACCAGACCAUGCUUGAUGAUCAAGCCACGGAACAAUUCCCCUGCAUGCCUGAUGACAUCCUGGGAGAGCCAAUGUCAGAAGUUUAUCGUCCCAGCAUGGACCGCCCUAGCCUCAGCAGACCCAGCACCAGCCGAGAUGGCAUGCGAACACAAGCUGCCCUCCAAACUCUGCGUCUCGUCGCCCCUUCAUCUACCUCUCUCACCCGCCCUGCUCGUUCCCGCAAGAAUAGUAGUACCAACAGCUCGGACGUCGACCGCUCUGCAGCUGCAGCGCUUCAAGCUCAGCAGCGCCGUCGCCAGCGUUCAGACUCUCCUGAAUACUCCACUUCCGACAAGAGCUCCAAGGAGAAGCUCACCUCUUUCUGCUACGAGCAACACUUGCAGUCUACCAUUGUCGCAGAAGUCAGCGAGCAAAAGCCCCUUUUCCAGCGCUUCAUGGAUUCUCUGCGAUCCUUAAAUUGCCAAAAGUCCCACAAGUCUCACAAGAAGACUAAUGUUACCACCAUCUGA